UGCCACCCACAACAUAACUGUCAAAAGCGAACUCCAGCAUUUGUUUUGAUUUUGAGCGAGUUUUUUAAUACUACGAAAAUAGUUGGCGACGAUCCGGGCAAAGUCCACGCGAGAUUCUGCUUCCCCUCCUUGCACAAGUGCCACGAGAUAACAUUUAUUGGUCCGCCAAAUCAGGUUCGCUCGCGCAAGUGGAAGAACUGCUCGGUCAUCGCACCGUGCUGCCCCGUGUUAUCGCAAACCGCCGGUUCCGCAGCAGCGCCAGGCUCAAACGGCAACCGCAGCUCUUGUGAUUGAGUGGUGUCUGGGCAACCCGGAACAACUUGAGCAGUUUCAGCACGAUUUACUACAUCUCGCACCUGGGAGGAAUAUGGGAAAAGUGGCCAAGAGCAACGAUGGUUAUCAGCGCGGUGCGUACGGGGCGCUGCGGACCCUGAUGCACUUCAUCGCCGCCGUGCAGUUCUCGUACGCGAUUUACUACGACUUUCGAUACGUACACUUUCCGCCGGAGAUGAGACGGGCCCCCGGGGGGGAUUUUGGUGGAAAGCUUAAGUUCCUUACCGUGUGGGAUGCGAUACUGCAAGCGGUCUAUUUUACGAUUUGUCUGCUGAACGAUUUCAUCGGUACAAACGAAGUGGCCCCCAAGCGGAUGCCACUGAUACGCAAGGUGAAAGAUUACACUCUAGCUGCGUUCGCCUUCCCGGUAGCGUUGAAUGUUGGCGUCACCUUCUGGACAUUGAUGGCCAUCGACCGGGAACUUGUCUUUCCGAAAGCACUCGAUGCCGUCUUUCCCGGCUGGUUGAAUCACGUCAUGCACACCAAUAUCGUCAUCUUCAUGGUGCUGGAGAUUUGCACCAGCUUCCGGCAGUAUCCAUCGCGCCGCGCCGGCCUCACCGGGCUCGGUAUCUUCAUGUCGGCCUAUCUGGGCUGGUUGCACGUCAUCCAUCACUUCGGAGGCAUCUGGGUGUACCCGGUGCUGGAGGUACUGAACAUGCCGCAGCGUAUCGCUUUCUUCGCUGUUUCGCUGGCCUUCUGCGUUGGACUGUAUUUGCUCGGUGAAUUCUUCAACAAUCUCAUCUGGACGAAGGAACUUAAGCAGCUGAAGAGCGCAACCUCGGCGGGUGGUGCGAAAACCACGUCCUCUGAAAACCCAACCGAACAGCAAGCAUUUAUGGACAUUGUGUAGUGACUGCAAACUUAGACCAAACACGUGUUUCCGUUUAGUAGCAUCACCCUUAGCAGAAGGGAAGAAAAAAGAAAGGUAGUUCAGAAUGCUACCAUUUGAACCCUGGCUCACGGUGCAGCACAGACAGUCACGGAGAGGCUCUCACACCAAAGCGAUGAUAUUUCACUGGAAGCAGCAAACAGAUAUUAGAAAAAUGCCUCCUCGUGUCACAAAAAGUGAUUACAAGGCUCAAUAUUCAUUUAAAGUCGACCAAAGCACAGUAAACCACUUAAAGGCAUUUAGGGAAAUGAUAACGAUAUCAAUUAUGAACAAUUAAUGGCGUGCACUGAGCUAUAAAGCCUGUUAAUCCGUUGAUAAAUGGUAAAUGCAACAUUUUAUAGAGCCCACGCGAUAACUAAUUUUCAUUCAGAUUCACCUUCGAUAUGUGUGCAUACUCAAAUCCAAAGCUGAAAAAAACCUGUACGUAGCGUUGGGAUAAUACAAUUUUUAAUCAUCGUCAUUUAGAUGUGCAUUUAUAUCCUUCGUCUAUUUUGAACGUCUCGCAGCACAGUUGUAAGUCGGUACCGGCGUGGCUUCGUGUACCUCUAAGCUAAAACGCACCAUUUAUUCCAAUUUCGAUGCGCGCAUUCAUACUUGGUCCAAACAGCUACGGAAAGGGAACAUACAACUUUAUGUAGGUGUAGGUGUAGGUGGAGGUGCAGGUUUUGUUUUCUUUUAGCUAACUAUUUACAGGGCUGAGAGACGGUAUCUCAAAAGGAUCGCAAAUCGCUAUAGAUAAGCUGUCUGAAAUUAACGUAAAGCCUUGAUUGAUAGUGUUCUAACAGGCAAAAGGGGGGGAAAAUUUUCACGAGAAAGAAAAAGAUCUUUUGGUUCCG